AUGGCAUGCGACAACUAUGAAGAAAAGUUUGAUGUUUCUAAUGCACCUUCAAAACAGAAAGUGACGGAAACAAAUGGCAGUCAUCCUCUUCCCGACGGAGGUUGGGGAUGGGUCGUUUGUCUGGGUGUGUUUAUGGUGAACUUCCUGACUGUUGGACAACAAAACUGCGCGGGAGUGGUUUAUGAUGCUUUGAUGGAAAAAUAUUCUACAUCAAGAGGAGAGACAGCUUGGGUUGCCUCGCUGGCGUCCAGUAUGAUGUAUCUGUUCGCUGCUGUGGGCACCUCUCUCGCAGAACGUUUCGGAAGCCGAUUGGUUGUCAUCAUUGGAUCUUUUGUGUCUGCCGUAGGCCUCCUGGCCAGUUCCUUCGCAACAACACUUGCACCACUUUAUGCAACCUAUGGAGUUGUCUGGGGUUUGGGGGCAAGUCUCGGCUUAUUCCCCUCGCUGGUAAUGCUAACGAAGUACUUUAAAAGGCGCUUGGCUCUUGUUUCGGGAAUAGCUCUGGCAGGAGCUGCAUCUGGGACUCUGGUAUAUGGCCCAAUAAUUGAGAAGCUGUCUUCCAAAUUUGGCAUCUCGACUACGUUUCGGAUUCUUGCGGGUCUUCAGAGUUUGAUGCUUCUGAGCGCCUUGACGUUUUCCCCUGUCUCCUCGGCAACAAGGAGAAAUCAACAACCACAAAACAGAGAAUUCUACUUGAGUUUUUUCAGGAGCAAAGCAUAUGUUAUGUGGGUUGUGGCGCAAUGCAUCUUUAUGGUGGUGUUUCUUGUGCCUUUCGUCCAUUUGGUUCGCUUCGCAGAAGAUAAAGGAGUCACCAAAUCUAGCGCAUCAUUCCUGACGGGUUACUUAGCAAUCGGAGGUUUGCUGGGAAGUCUGGUGCUCGGUGCGCUAUGUGAUUACCCUCAGUUCAACCGCGUUAAAGUUUGUUCAGCCUCCUUACUAUGCAUAGCUAUUUCUACGUCUGCUGUAACAAUGGCAACGAAAUACGAGUGGAUAGCCGUGUACGCGUUCACGUUUGGUGUGUGCGACGGUUGUUACGAGAUGUUACUGCCCGUUAUAACGCGUGACCUUGUUGGUGUGAAAAACGUUGGGCAUGCCAUAGGUGCUUUAUAUUGUUUAAUGGCAUGA